AGUACGCGUAAACGGAUGUUCCAGGAAAUACUCUGCGAAGCUUCACAUCUUCAUCCUCACAACACCUCCCCUACUCUAUAAAAUUCAAGGUCUUUAUCAACCAAUUCACAAUUCAACAAUUUCCCAAAUCUUCCAAAUUCCAGUCAAACAAUCUUCUUCGUCCAACUUCCAAUUUCAACAACUCUCAAGAUCCCCCACAAGCACGUCAGCUACGGCCUCCGAUCGUCGAGCGGAAACCCCAGGGGACCAUCAAUUUCGGUGACAAGUUUUCGGUUCCGGUUCCAGAGCCCCAGAAGAAAGUCCACGAGCCCGUGAUGGCAAACCGGACCGGACAUCCCGGUGGUGGGUACCCGCCACCGCAGCAAGUUGUGCAGCCGCAGAAGCCUAAGAGGGGUGGAGGAGGGCGGCAGCAAGUUGUGCAGAGGCAGCAAGUUGUGCAGCGGCAGCAAGUUGUGCAGCGGCAGCAAGUUGUGCAGCGGCAGCAAGUUGUGCAGGCAGCAAGUUGUUGCAGCGGCAGCAAGUUGCGCAGCGGCAGCAAGUUGUGCAGCGGCAGCAAGUUGUGCAGCGGCAGCAAGUUGUGCAGCGGCAGCAAGUUGUGCAGAGGCAGCAAGUUGUGCAGAGGCAGCAAGUUGUGCAGCGGCAGCAAGUUGUGCAGAGGCAGCAAGUUGUGCAGAGGCAGCAAGUUGUGCAGCGGCAGCAAGUUGUGCAGCGGCAGCAAGUUGUGCAGCGGCAGCAAGUUGUGCCGCGGCAGCAAGUUGUGCAAGUUUUGCAGCUGCAGCAAGUUGUGCAAGUUGUGCAGGCGCAGAAGCCUAAGAGGGGCGGAUGAGGGAACAUGGCGCUGGGUGUGGGAGCUGGGUUGCUGGGUGGAUUCUUGAUCGGGGAGAUGAGUGGGAAUGUGGAUCCGCCGCAGCAAGUUGUGCAGAAUCUCAUGGCGCAGGGUGUAGAUGCUGGGUUCCUGAUCGGGAAUAUGUUUGGAUCGGGGUGAUGACUUUGUUGUUUGAGUUUUUUCAAUAAUCAUCAGUGGAUUUUGUGCCUUUC